AUGUCGCUGGGCCGGGUCACUUCGCAGCAGCAGCAAUCAAGCGGUGCACCUGCGACUCCCCAGUCCAGGCUCUCCGUAGGCGGAGAGCGUGGCUCAACACUUGAGCAAGCUGUUCGCAAAUUCCGAUAUGUCGAAGCACUCAAGAGCGGAAACACUGCUGCCAUUUCCAAGGCCAUCCGCGAAACUUCCGACAAUGCCAACCGAGUGAGCACCUCGUCCAUAAAUGCCGCCAGCGCCGGACCCCUCGACGAUACCACCGUACUACAUCUCGCCAUACAGUGCUCCGAGAACGACGUUGUCGAAUAUGUGCUCUCCGACGGUGCCACCUACAUAGACGUCAACGCACGAGACAAAGAUGGCAACACGCCCCUGCAUGUCGCUGCAACCGCUGGCCGCGGCCAUCUUGUUCGGUUACUGCUGGAUCAAAAAGACAUCAACGAUGCCAUAGCAAACAACCAGGGCAAACUCCCCCUGGAUGUAGCUCGAAGCCCCGACAUCUUCCAGUCCCUGCAACUCUCGAGAACAUUAUUCGUUCAAGACAAGGUCAAGCAGGUCCAGGAUCUCGUGAGAGCGGGCACAUACGAUACGCUGGGCCAAGUGCUGGAAGAACCCCGCGUCAAGACUGUUCUGGAUAUCAAUAGUACCGAGUUGCCCUCUGAUCCGACCACGGUGCAGUCAGGUGGCACCCUACUACACGAGGCAGCCCGCAAGAAGGACUCCAAGCUGAUCCAGACUCUGCUUCUCCAUGGCGGCGAUCCAUUCAUCCGAGAUCGCAAAGGCAAGCUUCCUCAAGAUGUCACCAAAGACGAUGUCACAAGGGCCAUGUUGAAGCGGUCACCCGCUGCUGUUGCAGCACAGCGGGGGAUACAGGAGAAGGCAGUGCUGGGACACGUCGCUUCCGCAAACGCUGGCACCCCGGCGGCGAAUGGCGAUCCUCUUGGUGGUCGCGACCCGGCCAUGAAGGGAUAUUUGAAGAAGUGGACCAACUAUCGCAAGGGAUACCAACUACGAUGGUUCGUGCUCGAGAAUGGCGUCCUGAGUUAUUACAAGCACCAAGACGAUGCCGAGAAUGCAUGCCGUGGUGCUAUCAGUAUGCGCAUCGCGAAGCUGCAUAUGAGUACAGAUGAGAAGACCAAGUUCGAGAUUCUUGGGAAAUCGUCCGUGAAAUACACCCUCAAGGCAAACCACGAAGUUGAGGCUAAGCGCUGGUAUUGGGCCUUGAAUAAUGCCAUCCAGUGGAUGAAAGAUCAAGCCAAAGAAGAGGAGAAACAGAAGGCGCACAACGCCGAGUUUCUCCGCCAGGCUAAGGAUCAGCUUGCGGCCAAAAGUGUCGACGGAUCAAAUGCCGAUAUGCAUAGCGAAGCUGCGAGUUUCACUGACGCUGGCAGGAACAGCGUGCAGCUGUCCAGACUCCCAACCAAUCGCUCCGUUACUAAGCAGUUGACACGCGCCAGCACAAGUGGGAGUGUAGACGACGAGUUCGCGGAUGCUGCUGCUUCAGAAGCACGGUUCAGGGGCAAUGGAGCACCAUCAAUUCCUGGCGGCGAUGAUGACGAUGACGAUGACGAUGACGACGAUGACGACUCAAAUUCGGGUGAGAGGCCCGCGGUUUCGAAGGAUGCCUUCAACAUCACUGCUCAAUCGGCCAAAUUACAGCUUGAUACGAUGGCGCAAGUCAGUGCUGCGCUUCAGUCCGAGGCUCACCGAAAUCCCAAUAUGUCGCUGGUUGACCCGAAAGCAGCACAAGCAUUGGCCACAUACGAUGCUGCCAUCAGGAGCUUGAAGGGACUUAUGGGAGAUCUUCUUAGGAUAUCAAAAGACAGAGACGCGCAUUGGCAGUACCGCCUUGAUCAAGAAAUUGAGAUGCGACAAAUGUGGGAAGAAAGCAUGGCCAAGGUGGCCCAGGAACAGGAAAUACUCGAGGAGCGCGUCGGCAAGGCCGAGCUGAAGCACAAGAUAACGAAGAAAGCUCUUCGUGAAGUUAUGGAGCAAGAAGGGCUCCCUGCCAUCGCCCAUAGCUCCAAUCUAGUGGCUGCUAGUCCUUCCGAUGUCAAGGAGGAACUUGCCCAGGAUCAGAAGUCUCCAGCAAGUUUCAACCGCAGACCAACUGCUCUUUCUCAAGUCGUUGAUCUGUCUGACGAUGAUGCGACUGAUGAAGAAGAGUUCUACGAUGCUGUCGACGCUGGGGAAGUCGAGGCAGAACCACUACCUCCUGCUGAGUCGUCGCAGCCAGGUGAAUCACAGGACAUUGUGGUAUCUGGGGGUCUGGACAUAAGUGACUCUUACAAAGGCUAUGAGAAUGGUAUAAGAAAGCGUCUCAGGCUCGAUAACGAUGAUCGCCCCAAGGUCUCUCUAUGGGGUAUCCUCAAGAACUUGAUCGGCAAGGACAUGACAAAGAUGACCCUGCCGGUUACAUUCAACGAGCCAACGUCUAUGCUCUUCCGAGCUGGCGAGGAUAUGGAGUAUGCCGAUCUCCUAGAUCACGCAGCGGAGCGCACUGAUUCGAUCGAGCGUAUGUUGUACGUGGCAGCUUUCACAGCUAGUGAGUUUGCUUCGACAAUCGGGCGUGUUGCGAAGCCGUUCAACCCCUUGCUUGGAGAAACCUUCGAGUAUGUUAGACCCGACAAGGGAUACCGUUUCUUUACAGAACAAGUCAGCCAUCAUCCUCCGAUUGGUGCUGUUCACGCCGAAUCUGCGAAAUGGACAUACUACGGCGAAUCCAAUGUCAGGUCUAAAUUCUAUGGAAAAUCGUUUGACAUUGCUCAUCUUGGCACUUGGUUUGUGGAGCUGCGCCCGACUUCGGGCGGUAAACCCGAUAUUUAUUCGUGGAAGAAACCGAGCUCUCAGGUUGUCGGGAUCAUUACAGGCAACCCUGUGGUUGACAACUACGGUUUGGUGGAGAUCACCAACCACACGACUGGCGAGGUUUGCCAGCUUGACUUCAAGCAACGUGGCUGGAAGGCUUCAAGUGCAUAUCAGAUAGCUGGAAAAAUUCUCGACGCCGAUGGUCGCCCUCGUGUCAGUAUCGGCGGUCGAUGGAACUCCAAGAUCUAUGCUCGCUACACGCCCGGUUACGAGGCAACGGUUGAUGUCGAUGGGCCCGCUGGAGGUGCCUCGUUCCACAAAGGAGCCAUAAGUGAUACGUCGAAGGUGUUCCUUAUUUGGGAAGCCAACGAACGACCCAAGAAUAUUCCGUUCAACCUGACACCCUUUGUCUUGACUUUCAACCACAUCGACGAUAAUCUAGCCAAUUGGAUUGGCCCCACGGACUCCCGCCACCGCCCCGAUCAGCGCGCCAUGGAGGACGGUGAAUAUGAUCUUGCGGCUGCCGAGAAGGACCGUCUCGAAAACGAGCAGCGACAGCGCAGAAAGGAGCGGGAGGCCAGGGGCGAGGAAUAUGCAUCUCCCUGGUUCGUAAAGGAUAAACACCCUGUCACGGGUGUUGAAUAUUGGAAGUGGAACGGGAAAUAUUGGCAACAACGAGCGAAGCACGGUGCAGGUGACGAAACAGCCUGGGAAGGCACCGAGCCGAUCUUCGUUCCGCAAAGAAGUUAG